UGGAACGGCAACCCCUUGCAAACACCACCUUCUCAGGUACCUGAGAGAGAUAUGGGAAACUGGGAGAUCUAUGAAGGCAUGGGUGCUUUUAUUUACAGAGGAAGCGAAGAAACCGUUAAUCGGCAGACACGAUGCAGAGUCAGGCGGUCCAAUGGUCAGGGCUGGCAGCAAAGGAGCGAAGUUAAGAGUCAACCUGAAGGUCAGAAGAAAGUAAAUCCACAACUAGGAAGCAGGAUGCAGGUCAAAGGUAGGAGCCAAGAAGCAUGGUCAGGGUCAAAGCCAAAGGUCAAAAGCCGAGACGUUUACCGGAAAUCAGGAACUGGUAA